AUGGAGUUGAAAGACAAAGCGAAGAGGGAGGAGAGAGUAGGAAGCCCAGUGGAAGUCAAACGAGCCUCAGGCCAGCUGCCGUACCUUCACAUCGUCUCUGUAAGAGAUCGUGCUGGUGACCCAUCCCCUCCCCGGUGUCCCCAGGCAGGCAUGGCAGACGGUCGACAGCCAGACGAGCACUGGGCCUCCAACGGCCAAGAAAACGGCGAGAAUGGGUACUCCGCCUACAGCUCCGGCUACAGGGAGAACGGAUACCACGGUGGAGCAGCUGCACAUCCUGGAACAACAGUGGAUGACUCAGCCAAUUUGCCUCCCUCCCCUCCCCCCUCUCCAUCCGCUGAGCAGAUUGGGCCCGUGGCACAAGAAGAUAAAGUAGGGGUUCUCAGUCAACAGCAGGAUGAGGAGGAGGCUCCAGAGGAGCCCGGCAGUUACCAAGAGGAAGUGACAUAUGAGCAGCCAGGAGAUUUGCUCUUAGAGCAGGCAGAUUGUUUAACAGAGCCCCAGGCUUUGGGCUGCCAGCAAGCCCAGACGCCUGAGGUCCUCAAUGGAGGAAGUCAUCAAGCCCAGCCUGAAGAGUGUCUCAGUAAGGCAUCUUCUGAGUCUGCUAUGAAAGAAGAUGAACCUCAGCUCGUCUCGACCGAACCUCCUCCUCCCUCUGUGAAAGAUAAAAAUCUCCCUGACACCUCCUCAGUCGAGCUGGGUAGCCAAGACAAAAAGGAUGUUGUAGAAGAGGCUGCAGAUGGCCAGGAAAAAGAGAGAAGUGUCUCACCAAGAAAAUCAGGAGCCCCUACGAACGAAAGCGAGGAAAAACCAGAGACAAUUGAGGGGAUGAAUAAGACAGAGCACGAUAGUGGCAUUGGAUUACAUGAGACGCCAGUGGCUGAUAUUCAGAAAGCUGACCAAAGACAAGAAACAGUCAAAUCAAGUCCAGAACAUGGUACAGAGUUGAAAGCCACAUCAGAAAUGUUUGUAGAACAUGAACCAGGAGCAACAGCCUACUUUGAGACAUCCUCAAAAAGCCACAAAGAGGAGGAGUCACCACAAACUCAGAGCUAUUAUGAACUCAGCACAGCAGCUGAGACAAAGUUAAGUGGGGAAACUGAAGGCUCUAUGCAGAAGCUAGAGGAGCAACAACGGAAGAAAGUCAGGACAUCUCCUGGUAAGAUGUCAUUAGAACAGAGAAGCCUCUCCUUGAACAUUACUGUUGGAUUCUCAGCAGGACAGACAACAAAGGAAGAGAAGUCAAAGACCUUCUCAGAAAGCUUGUGUCCAAUCAGUGGAAGUUUUGAUGAAUCUGAAGUUAACCCUUCAAUACCAUCCGUGGAGAGUGAUGAACCCAAGUUUCCACCAGCUGUCUCCAUUACCCCAACUUCGACUGAAUCAGCGGAGGAUUUGCCUUCCAAAGCAGAAGCUCCUCGCUCUUCUGACACGCACAGUUCCAGUUUUGAGCAAGCAAGCAACCUUUCUGAGAUGUUGGACCUGGCUGGAGCCCUGCCUCAGCCAUCACUAGAGAGGAGAGAGGUUGACCACAUGAGACGAAAGUCAGUGCCUACUGAUGUGUCAGCUCUGGUCGGGAAUUCUUUGGCCAAGCUUGCCUUGGGAGAUCAGACCUCACGAGUGGUGGGCAGAGAAAGACAGCUGGAGGACCUGGGCUACUGUGUUUUCAGCGAGUACUCAGGGCCCAUGCCUUCUCCUGCUGAUGUACCCAGUCCUGGGGACUCUCCACACCAACGUUUCCCUUCUGUGGAGGGAGAAGUUGAAGAGGAGCUUGGGGCCAUAGAAGCUGAAGCUGUUCACAAGGGAUUCCAGCAACCAGAUCACAAAGGGACUACAUCUGAGAUUUCUCAGAAAACAGUAACUGAGAAGAAAGAUUCACCAGUAAAAAGCACCCUGAUCCUUGAAAGAGCUGUGACAAGUGGAGGAAAACCUGAUCGCCUAAGAAUCCCAAUGACAUCUUCAAAAGACAGGCUGUCUGAGUUUCGUUUGGAGACUGGCCUGCCUGGUGACAUAAAGAUCCAAGCAAUCCCUGAGGUAGAUGUUGAAAAAGACCCCUCCAGAGAGGCUUCUCCCAUCCCACCAGACAAUUCCUUUACUUUCACACCUACCGAAACUGGAAGCAAGGCUCCCCCGACACCCACCACACCCAAGUCCCCAGAUGACACACCCUCAGAAAGCCAAGACACUGGAGAGAAAGCUAGGAAAGAUGUGUUACCAGAGGUCAAAGCAGAGAACGAUCUGACGUCUGAGGGGAUUGAUAAUAAGCAACCAGAGUCAGACAAAGAAGUGCCGACAACUGAACUGAAAGAAUCAGAAAAAAGUAGUGAAGAACCAGAAAUUUCAAACACAGACAUACCUUCAGCAUCAUCUCAGUCUUUAGGAGAGAAUAAAGAAAAAGAUGACAAGAAGAUUGAAGGUGAGCACAGUGCACCUGCAACAUCAGAAAUAAUUGAAAAGCAGGAGACCUCAAAAGCUGUUCAGGAUUUAAGCACUAAAACGCCCUCAGAUGAGAAAGAUGCACAAAUCCAGUUACAGGAUGUGACUCUGGAAAAAGGAACACCAAAGCCACAAAUAUCCUCCCCCAUCAUUAUCAUACCUCAAGCACAAGUAGAGGAGGAAGCAGAGGAUGAAGAUGAUAUUGAGAUUGCUGAAGAGCCUCAAGAAAUAAUGGAUGAAGCUGAAGAGCCUGUUCUUCCCAAGACAGGCCAAUCUGAAUUCAGAAAGGAAGAGCAAAAGACAGAGGAGGUGAGGCUGAUGGUAGGUGACCAGCUGUUGGAAGAUGACCCCAAGUCUGGAGCAGAUGACUGGAGUCACAGUGCUCAAAACAGUGGCGACGGAGAGCCGGCGACAGACAGUUCACACUUGUCUCCAUGCUCUGACCACGAGCUGCCACAUACAACUGAGGAAGGAGGUAGAGAUGAAGGGAUGGAGGAAGAUGAAGUAGCAGAAGAUCCACAAAUCAAUAGAGAAGAAUGGAAGAAGAAGAAACAGCAGGAUGAGGAGGAAGUGGGCUCUGAUGAGAUACGUGAAGGAAAAGAGGAGAAAAUGAUGGAAGAGGAGGGUGAGAAGAGGAUGGGGGAGGUGGAGGAGGAGAAAGACGUCGAGAUUGGUCAGGAGGUGGAAGAGACUUCUGAUGUGUCCCAUCACACCAGUCAGGCAGCUAAUGAUGAUGAAACCACCAUUGACAUCUCCAUCCUAGAUACAGACAGUGGCUGGAUGGACUCACAAGAUGAUGACAAAAGUAUUAUGACUGAGCAAAUCGAAGCCCUUCCUCACACCCAGAGUUCUAGCAGUACACCUGUGGUGGUGGACAGACCCGCUAAACGGGCCCCUGGCAGAGGAAGGGCCAACCCUGGCACUACUGAGAGAAAAGUGUCCCGCAAAGUACCCAUCCACCAUCCAAGAGAGGAGAUGAAGAAGAAAAAAGUAGGCAUGAGGAGGGCUGACCAGAAUAAAGUGUCAGCCCUCCAAAGUCGUUCUCCGUCUCGAAAGAGUGUAGCCAAAGCGGCAGCCAGACAUCCUAGGCCUGCUCUGCUUCACGGCUCUGCUAGACGCAAGGCCACAGGUGUGGAAAGCCAUCAGCCCCUCAGUGUGGCCCACCAGUCCAGGGAGAGAACCACUAGAAAACCUAGCCCCACGAGGGCCGUUCUGUUAAAGAUGGCAGUGCAGCGUCGGGGGUCCGAUCACCAUCCCCCCCGGCCUGGCUCUGCCUGUAGCCUGAAACGGAGCCCCCUGGUGGAGGCUGAGCUCAGAGAGGCCCGCCCCUCCUCUGCAUGCUCCCACCCGUCCCCUCUGCCAAACAAAUGGGCAGAGCAGGAGAGAGCAUACCGCAGCCCAGAGAAGAGGUCAUCCCUCCCCAGGCCGGCCAAAUCUCUGACACGCCACAUCCCUGCUGCUGAGCAAGAGGACAGCACCCCCUCCAGGCCAACCUGUACAGAUUCGGCACGUUCUCGAUCAGUCCGUAGUGGCGCCUCCACCCCUGGCUCCUCUGCCGUCACUCCUGGUACGCCCCCCAGCUACUCCUGCCGGACCCCAGGUUCGCGCACCCCCGGCAGCCACACACCCAAGUCCUUCAGCGUCCUCCAGGAGAAGAAGGUGGCGGUGAUCCGAACCCCGCCCAAGUCACCGUCCUCCGCCCAACGGCAGCUGAAGGUUCUCAAUCAGCCCCUGCCUGACCUGAAGAAUGUGAAGUCCAAGAUCGGGUCCACCGCCAACCUCAAGCAUCAGCCGAAAGGCGGACAGGUUCACAUUUUAACCGAGAAGCUGGACUUCAGUCAUGUUCAGUCAAAGUGCGGCUCCAAGGAUAAUCUGAAGCACACGCCCAAAGGAGGCAAUGUCAUGAUUCCAAGCGUUAAACUGGACUUUAGCCACGUUCAGUCUAAAUGUGGCUCGUUGGACAAAAUCCAGCACUCAGCAGGAGGAGGAAACAUCCAAAUCCAGAGCAAGAAGAUCAACUUGAGCCACGUCACCUCCAAAUGUGGCUCUAUGUCCAACAUCCACCACAGGCCAGGCGGAGGUAAUGUGCGUAUUGAGAAUGUGAAGCUGGACUUUAAAGAAAAGGCCCAUGCCAAGGUCGGCUCCCUGGACAACACCAGCCAUGUUCCCGGAGGGGGGAAUGUUGUGAUUGAGAGCCACAAGCUGAGCUUCCGGGAAGCAGCCAAAGCUCGAGUGGACCACGGCGCAGAAAUCAUCGUCACCCACUCCCCUGGGGUCGAGACGGGGGGCACUUCCCCUCGCCUGUCCUCUGCCGGCAGCAUCAACCUCCUGGAGUCGCCACAGCUCUCCACGCUGGCCCAGGAUGUCACCGCUGCCCUGGCCAAGCAAGGCUUAUGAGCCGGCUGCCUCCGCUUCAGAUGCCCUCAAAAAAAAAAAAAAAUCCACACUAUUACUUCUCUUCCCAUCAGUCUCCUUCACUGAUAAGCAUCCAGUGUUCUCUCAAGGUCCCUCACUGCAACGUGACCCCCUUACAUUUGACCCCACAGGUUCUGCUGUUGUAGUUGAUUGACUGUCUCGUCCAUCAACAACCCUUCCACCCCUUCCAGUGGGAUUUUAAAAACUGAAUUCUAAAGAUUGCUCUUUAAUCACCCCUUUAAAAGGGACAUGCCCAGUCACUCUUUACUUGCUUUUCGUUCAUUUCUGUUCACUAAAACAUGGACUUUUCUGUUUUGUUUUAGAUAGGCUGAAUGCUUAGGUUUGACUGGAUGUGUUUGUCUCAGAAAGCGUUGAUGGUUUUAUGAUUGUACAGUGAUAUUUUUAGCGUGAAAAGCAUCACGACAUUCCACUCGUAUAGGGAUAAACUUUAUGGUGAACUCACGCAUAACGUCCAUUCAAAAUUUAUAUGGUACUGAAUGCAAGAUAUAGCUACUUGAUACUAGACGCUAGUCUUAAAGAUACAUCUGUGUGUGAGAGGCAUAACUUACAGAAACAUGGUGUGUAACUGUACCUGCAGAAGAAUGGUUCACGAGCAUGUCUACUAAAAUGUGACAUUUUAAAUCAAAGGACAUGAACUUCUGUUUGUUCGCUGGUUGGAUUUUAAUCUUAUGAUUUCCUGAUACGUGCGGAAUUGUUGGACAAAUUGUGUUCUCUUGUUGCGUUUUCUUUUUAUAUAUAUGUCACUGUAGUGGAAGUUGUUACAGUUUUGUAUGUUCCCUGUGGCUGCACUGGCUUAUUAGCACCUAAAUGUGGAUAACCACUGCAGUUAUGUCGAGUCAAGUGCUAAAAGGCUAGCUUUCUAAUAGAUUUUCUUUUUUUUCUUUUCUGCAUACCAAUGGGCUGCUCUUAUUUUGUUUGGUUUUACAUUAGCUCUGUGGUUUUAUUAGGCUAUAACAAUGCUGUUAUGCUGGCAUGGCAAAUAAAUUAUUCAGAAAUUAGAUCUAUUUGGAGCAAUCUUAAACUUUUCAGAGUGAGUGUGAAUGGCCAGGGUGCAUCCUAGUGUCCGUACUGAAAGGUCAGAUCCCUGAGAGGCCUCUCAUGCUCCUGUGACAUUUCUCCUUUUGCAGAGGCUGUCGUACGAUGUAUUUGAGUGAGCAAAUGUUGUUUUAAAAAAAAAAAAAGGAAAGUAAGAAGCUUUAUAUGAAAACAUUCCAUUUGAAAGAGCAGCUAGCUGACCCUUUUGUGUGAUUGAACCAGUAACUUUACGGGAAAUGAAAGCAGAAACAAAAAAUACCCUCAACUUGCAGCUGUUAGAAUUCAUUAAAAAAAAAAGUAAAAAACAAAACAGCACUAGCAUAUUCUCUGCUCACCAUU